AAAAAAAGGGAAGGGACAGCCAAGCCAAACCCUCCUCUUUUUUGCUAUGCUUCUUUGCAUUUCCUAGUUAAAAGCACAAAACAAAGCCAUGUAUUUUGGAGCUAACAAAGAGGUGAAAGAGUUGUUUAUGAAAAUAAAAAAAAAAAAAACUCGAAUCCUGCUCCUCAUUUUCCACAUUCGAAUUUCCAUUCUCUCUGAAGAAAGGAUUUAUAAACAGGACACUUAAAAACCUGCUCAAUAGAACAGCCACCAAUCUCCACCGCCAUCGUUACCCUUCUGUCUUCAAUCACAGGUAUCACAUAUAUAUAAGUUCAAGGAGGAAGGCUGAAAGAUGCAAACAGCUUCACAACUUCAUCCUAUAUUUUACUUUUCUAACAGAAGGAGCUCUAUCAAAUCUGAUGGUGGGUGGAUGAAACUGGGAGGUCGCAAUCCAAGUCAACUUGCCUUUAUUGGAAGAGGUCAGAGUCUUAAAUUUGUAACACCCAACCGCAAAACUAGAUUGGUUGUGAUUUCCAACACAGAUGAUGGCCACCUAUAUGGCCCUGUGCUAGAAGAAGGCAGCACUACAAACCAUGCACCCUGUUCAGAACCAGAGACAUUCUUUAGCAAAUGGUCUCCUCCAAGGUACUUAUGGAGAGGAUUAUCUGUUCUUGUCCUUGCAGGGCAGGUUAUUACUAGGACUCUAAAGGGUAAAGUCCACUGGAGGAAUACCCUUCAACAAUUGGAGAGAGUUGGACCUAAAUCAGUUGGGGUUUGUCUUCUAACGUCAGCAUUUGUUGGCAUGGCCUUCACUAUUCAGUUUGUUAGAGAAUUUACCCGAUUGGGUUUGAACCGAUCAGUUGGUGGGGUAUUGGCCUUAGCAUUCUCAAGGGAGCUAAGUCCUGUGGUUACAUCAAUUGUGGUUGCAGGGAGAAUUGGAAGUGCAUUUGCUGCAGAAUUAGGGACUAUGCAGGUUUCCGAGCAGAUUGACACGCUGAGAGUUCUUGGAUCGAAUCCUGUUGAUUAUUUGGUUACACCCAGAGUGAUCGCUUCCUCUUUAGCUUUACCAUUUUUGACUCUGCUGUGUUUCACAGUAGGGAUGGCAUCAAGUGCCCUUCUGGCUGAUAGUGUUUAUGGGAUUAGCAUUAAUAUCAUCUUAGAUUCAGCUCAAAGGGCUCUACGAUCAUGGGAUAUAAUUAGUGCAAUGAUUAAGUCUCAAGUUUUUGGUAUGAUCAUAUCUAUUGUGAGCUGUGCUUGGGGAGUUACCACCAUGGGAGGAGCCAAAGGUGUUGGCGAAUCAACAACUUCAGCUGUCGUUAUUUCUCUUGUUGGUAUUUUUAUGGCUGAUUUUGCACUCUCAUAUUGCUUCUUCCAAGGAGCUGGAGAUUCUUUGAAGAACUGUAUAUAAUGAGCCUGCCUCUUGGCAUCUUCACAGUUUUCUCACUGGUAUUGUUUGAUGGAUGGCACCUAUGGAGACUGAUAAGUGAUAACGUAUAAGUGAAUCAUAGAUAUGUGUAAAAUCCUGUAAUCUUUAUCAAUAUUAGGCUACUUUGUCCCUCCAUUUUCGAUUCUCAGUGACUCAGUGUUGGUAAAGUGCUGAUGCUCGAAGUGAUUUUAAUAGAAUGAAAAGAUAUUUGAGUCAGUUAAGCCCUCAGAAAUUUGGAUAAAUGGCUUCUAAUGA